UUAAAUUAAGGGUUUAUGUUCUGAUUCUACCAAACCUAGCCAUUAUUCUUCUGGUAAACCUUAGCUGCAACCCUCCUCUUUCUUCUAAUAAACCUUAGAUGCAACCCUUCUCCUUCUUCUAAUCUUGUCGGAUCCCAUUCUUUUGAUACUCUAACUAAUAAAGGUUUCAUCUUCUGUACUAUUUUCUCCUCUGGUGCAGUAAUUUUUGUACUUCAGAGCUACUACUUGCUGUCAGUUUAAAUAUAUUCGAUUCUAGUGGGAGGAACAAGUGUAAAAGUUUGAAACCCGACACUCAAAUUAUGCCAAAGGUUUCAGCUUUGAACAUGCCGGAUGUACCCAUGGGGCAGCUUCCCCCUCACUUGGAACUUCAGCGAACUCGUGUUUCUUGUGACAAAGAUGCUCCUACACAUACGGAAAAUGUCCAAUCGGCUGGUGCUUACACCUCUGUUGGUGUUGAUAAUAGUCUAUGUUUAGACCAGUUCCGCAAGAAUUUUAGAGUUACAGUGGUUCGCCUCACUGAGGAUGACAUGGAGUUUGAUAUGAUUGGUAUUGAUCCUUCGAUAGCUAACGCAUUUCGGAGAAUCCUCAUCUCAGAGGUUCCAACGAUGGCCAUUGAGAAAGUCCUUAUUAAAAACAGUACAACACUAGUGCAAGAUGAAGUGCUCGCACAUAGGUUGGGCCUGAUUCCAAUCAAGGCUGACCCUAGGCUCUUUGAAUAUACAUCAGAAAAUGAUAAUCCAAACGAAAAGAACGAAAAGAAUACCAUAGUAUUCAAAUUGCAUGCUAAAUGUAAACGAGGCGAACCUCGUCUUCCAGUGAAAUCUGAUCAACUGAAGUGGCUACCCGGCGGGAGUGAGUUUAAGGUUGAAAAACCUUCAGGACCAGACUCAACUCCCGAAACUUCCCCACAGAACAAAUAUACUAACUUCUCCUGCAACCAAGACUCAAUGCCACAAUUUGCAAAUAAUCCAAUUGUGCCUAAACAUCCGGAUAUUAUUAUUUCUAAGCUUGGUCCUGGCCAGGAAAUUGAGCUUGAAGCUCAUGCUGUUAAGGGCAUGGGUAAAACUCAUGCGAAGUGGUCUCCAGUUUCUACAGCUUGGUAUAGGAUGCUACCUGAGGUUGUGUUAUUGCAAGAUAUCGAAGAUGAAUUGGCAGAGGAGCUUGUCAAAAAGUGUCCUGCUAAAGUAUUUGACAUUGAAGAUCUAGGCAAGGGUAAAAAGAAGGCUACUGUAGCACGACCACGGUCUUGUACGCUCUGUAGGGAAUGCAUUAGAGAGGAAAACUGGGAGAAACGCGUGUCGCUAAGACGUGUUAAAGAUCAUUUCAUCUUCACUAUCGAAUCAUCUGGGGCAUUGCCUCCAGAAGAGUUAUUCACUGAAGCCGUAAAGAUCCUGGAAGAGAAAUGCGAAAGAGUGAUAGCUGAACUGUCAUGAGGUCUUGAUUAUUUUAAAAGAAAAGAAUUAGGGUGUUGAUUUCUUUCAGAUUCUUGAAAUUGCUCUUAAUUGUACCUUCAGUAACAUUAAUAGAUUCUGGUGUUUUAGGAAGUUGGGAACACAAUUGUUGGAACACAAUUGUUUAAUGAAGUAUGUAUUAAUUUGGAGUGUAUAUAUUCAUAUUUAUAUCGGAUUCUAAAUUUUUGGAAGCUAGUUACUUUUUACAUA